AUGACGCUCCUGCGUGUGGCCCCGUCCUGUGACAGAGCUGCCGUGGCCAUGUGGAAAACCAUCAUGGGCUCAAGCAGGACUGCGGAGCUGGCACAGUUGGUACUCCUGGAUGUGCUGGGGAACUGGCCGGAGCACAGCACGUGCACCUCCGAUGGAGACAAAACGGGUGUCUUUGCCCUGGCUGCAACUCUGGUGAUGUGGAAGAUCCUCCAGGUGCCCUGUAUCCCCCAUAUAAUGAAGGUGUAUUUCCCAUGCCUGUUUGUGCACCUGCUCUUCCAAGUGUUCUUCAGCACUCUGGAUAUGCCAGAAGAGGUGGAUACCUUCUGGAAUGGAUGCCAGGAAGAACACGGCCUUGCCACCAGCCCCAACAGCUUUGCAGUGCAUACCCUGAAGUCCCUGCUCUGCCUUCUCUGCUGUGAGGAUGUGGUGGUGGCAAUGGAACGCAAGGGUGCCUGGGACACGCUGCUGUGUGCUGACACCCACCACUAUGCCGUGGGUCUGCUGGCCAGAGAAAUUCGCCAGUGUUCCAUACACUUUUGUUGUGGGAUUGCAUUCCACCUGCUCAGCCUGCUGAGCAAGGAGAUGCCAUACUGGGAUCUGCCCGCCCUGGCGUUCCUUGUGGAGGUCCUCGAGUGCCUGGACUUGAGGGAAUGCAGCGACAGCGUUCUGGAGAUCAUGUCAAAGAACCUGCGGAGCGAGGACGGGGAGAGGCGUCACUUGGCACUCCAAGGCCUCAUGGUGCUGGGCAAGAAUCCCUUGAUGGCCGAAAAAAUGUGGAGCCUGACUGAAAGUCUUGUGGAGCUUCUGCAGGAAAAUGAUAGCGACGUGAUCAGGAUGACAAUUCUCCUACUCAGAUAUUUAUUCCUGGAUAAUGGUACCCCAAUACCCAGCUCCCUCGCCCUGCAGCUGGCUGAGGCGCUCCUGCCACUCUUUGACCGCGAUGAUAGCCAGGUGCAGCUGAGCUCCAUGAUGGUCUUUCAAGAGAUGCUGGAGUUAUUAUCGGAAGAUGGAAAACAUGCCCUGAAGUCACCCGUGCACCACAGCCUGCUGCCACUCUACUUCCACUGCCAUGAAGAGAAUCAGAUUGUUGUUGAGUGUUCUCGGGAAACGCUGCUUUGUGCAGCCAAGUUCCUGAAGAGGAGAGAUAUCAAAAAGCUGGUGAAGGAGGAAAAACUGUGGAAGUUCAGCAAGUGCUUGCUGGCAGAGGACACGAGCCGAGCGGCCGAGCAGCUGCGCCGGACGAAGGCUGGUCUGGCCCUUGAAGAAAUGGCCAAUGACAUCAGCCUUGCCAUCGAAAGCCUGGCCAUUGAAACAUUGUGCAUCGUCAGCCCGAACGGCCCAAAAAGCAUUGGGUCGUCGUGCUGCAUUUCCUUGGAACCAGGUCGUCACGCCUUAUAA